AUGGACCUUUUGCUGGAGAAAUCCGGUCAGAACAAAAUCGUUUCCGAAAAUAAUCUGGACAACGGAUUGUCGCUGCAAAAAUCAGACAGUAUGGAAUCAAUGACUUCUAGUUUAAAAAGUACCUCGCUUGGUCAACCUUUACGGUUGGAUUUUGCUCCAUUCGCUGUGAGAUUUGACUACGUUAUGGGAUUGAAUCGACCACGGCAACAUUUCUCUGAUAAACAAAGAAGUUGCAUUAUGUGUCGCAUACACUUUAAAAGUGCAAUGGACUUUUUUCAGCACAUGAAUAUGCAUAGCGCAAAAGCUGCCAUCAACCCUGCAUUCCAACGCGCUACUUAUCUAUUGGCCGCUGCAUUUUUGUACGAUCAACGGCAGCUUAUGUCCACGCUAACGCUAACAAACAUGUGCAUGAUCCCGCUGAUCGUCGACGUAGUCUAUUUGUAUCAUGACAAUUUUGAAUUGUUCUCCAUCAGCAUCACGAAAAAUACAAUUGGAAGCUUUGCCUUAUUGCGUUUUCCGGUGCCCAAUCAGCUCCUGGUAAAGUCCAAAAGCGUGUACUCGCUAUUUAUAGUGUAUCAUCGAGCCGACGACGAGCAGUGUGAGUUCGUAGAACACUAUCAGCUGGAGGUAUUCGAAACAAAAAACAAGCUGACAAAUCAUAUUAGGAAACUCAAAUUCAACGUACUUGCUGAUUACCCUGCACCGAAAGAGUUUUGCACGGUUGUUGAAAAUAAUUUUCAAAGUUUAUCAGAUUAUACAGAAAAGGAAAAAGAGUUUUGCGAAUCUAUUCGAUACCUCUGUACGACAGAUCCGGACCAACGAUUGAACGCAGAAAACUAUAGCCGGAUGCUUGAGAUAAUGGUGCACGUGCAUGACCUAAAUGUACAAUGCGACCUGUCUCGGUACACAGCGGAGAAUGCAAUGAUCGUUGCGACCAAAAAACCACGCACGUAUCGUAUUGAGACAAAGUAUUUCGACGGUCUGCCCGCGAACCUAACCGAAGGAGAUAACGUAACAAUUACGGUGCAGUGCUCACAGCGUGCUUCGGUGGAUUUCGACGGUGUAGUAUCGCAGCUUAUGUAUGACGCCCUGGAGAUUGAGCUGGAAGAAAAAAUCGAAGCGCAAAGUGUAGCAAAAGUAAAAUUUACGUCCAGCCGCAUCGUAUCACGACUAGAACUGCAGGCAUUGGAAUUUACUCGAAAACAUGAGCUGUCCGCUUUAUUUUUUCCAACCAAACCACCACCAGCAUCAACCAAGAAGCAGUUUUGUAUAUCUUCCUGGUUUAAUCAGACAAUCAUAAGCAACCCCGAGCAGCAGGUAGCCGUUCAGAAUAUCGUAAACCAAACAUCACACCCAUUGCCAUACGUUUUAUUCGGCCCGCCGGGCACAGGCAAAACUACCACCCUUGUUGAAGCAGUUGUUCAAAUUUGCACUCACCAUCUGGGAGCACACGUUCUGGUGACAUCCCAGUCCAACUCCGUUUGCGAUGAUAUCACAUUGAGAUUGCUAAAGUUUCUGAGCCCCAACAACUUGUAUCGCGUGUAUUCACGCUCCGCAGUGAAACGGAUCGACGAACUGUCGGAAACAUUGAAACAAUGUUCUAAUUUUUCCGAAGGACAACAUCGGUGGCCAACCAGUGAUGAUCUGUAUAACUGCCGAGUUGUAAUCUGCACUCUGUCUGUCUGUGGCCGACUGGUACAGUUCGAUGUUCCAAGGAACCUAUUUAAGUACGUGUUUAUCGACGAGUGUGGAAGUUCUUCUGAACCAGCGGCGCUAGUCGCCAUUGCUGGUUUGGUUAGUUCUAGAAAGAAAAUUAACGCAUGUGUAGUUGUGGCUGGAGAUCCCUACCAACUAGGACCGGUAAUAAGAAGCGAACUUGCCGACAAGAUGGGCCUAGGAAUAUCUAUGCUAGAACGACUUAUGAAGCUUCCGGUGUAUAAACCGGACCCAAUCACUAAAUCGUACAACGGCCAUCUGAUAACGAAGCUGCUUCGAAAUUACCGUUCCCAUGAAAUUCUGCUUGAAUAUCCCAAUAAGCAAUUUUACGGCAACGAGUUGAUUUGCGUCGCCCCAAGGGAAGAAGUCGCUCUGGCUAUGGACUGGAAAUGGUUACCGAACAAAAGCUUUCCCAUCAUCCUGCAUACCGUGUUUGGGAAAAAUGAACAAGGUGAAAGGAGCAAAAGCCGUUUCAAUGCCAAAGAAAUCGAUCUGGUAGAAUUCUAUUUGGAUUUUAUUCUGAAGGCUGGCGUAAACGGCAGAAAAAUUGGACAGCAGGAAAUAGGGGUUAUUUCUCCCUAUCAACUGCAGACACAGCAUCUGCGCGAAAUGUGCUCAAGACGACAAUGGUCCUCGGUCGAAAUAGGUACCGUCGAGCAGUACCAGGGCCGUGAGAAGUUGAUCAUAAUCCUGUCGACUGUACGGUCUCACACACCUGGGGUAGGAUUCUUGCACAACGUUAAGCGAUUAAACGUAGCUAUGACCAGAGCCAAGGCUCUGCUUAUAGUGAUUGGCAACAGCUACACCCUGCAAACGGAUCCAAAUUGGCACGAGUUCAUUAAAUUUUGCACUGAAAACGAAGCCACCGUUGGGAGGUGCUUCGAGUUGGGUCCAGUUAAAGAGGCCAAACGUUCCAAACGGGAAGACAUGUUUGCUGCUUUGUUCAAUUCACUGGUUUGA